AUGGCGGCGGACAUGAUGGCGCAGGACGACCCGCUGCAGGCGGUGGUCCUGUGCGAUGUGUUUACGCAGCGGUUUGCGCCGCUCACGCUAGACCGCCCGCGGUGCCUGAUGCCGGUGUGCAAUGUGCCGCUCAUUGAGUGGACGCUGGAGUCGCUCGCGGCGGCGGGCGUCCACGAGGUCUUUUUCCUCGCUACAUGGCAUGUGGGACAGAUUCGUGCAUACCUGGAGGAGCAUCACCCGCUCCUAUUUCGCGCGCCGGGUGCGCGUGUGCCGGCGGCGCCGGCGACGUCGCUGACGCGCAUUUCGCUGAUCGCGGUGCCAGAGGCGCGCUCUGUGGGCGACACGAUGCGCGAGCUCGAUGCGCACCAGGUGAUCAAGUCCGACUUUGUGCUCAUGCACGGCGACUCGCUGGGCACGAUGGACAUUGGCGCCGUUGUGCGCGCCCACAAGGAGCGCCGGCAGGCCGAUCGGAAUGCGAUUAUGACCAUCUGCACGAUGCCGGCGCCCCAGACCAGCGGCGCACGGCGCCCCGGCGAUCUAUCGGUGUUUGUGCUUGCACCAGCCACUUCGCAGCUCAUGCACUAUGCGGCGAUACCGGCGGUGCCGCGUGUGCCGCUCCUUCCCCUGCCGCUCGAGCUCUUCGAGCAGGCCCGCACGGAGCUCGACGUGCGCAACGACCUCGUCGACUGCGGCGUCGACGUGUGCUCGAUCGAUGUGCCGCCUCUUUUCACGGAAAACUUCGACUACCAGUCGCUGCGCCGCGAGUUUGUGCAGGGCAUAUUGACGUCCGACUUGCUGGAGGCCAAGAUCUUUGUGCACGUCGCUCCGCCGGCCAACGCUACGUCGACGUCCGCGGGCGAACCGUUCUCGGUCGUGUCGCGCGGCGUCCUGGGUAUGCCGCCGCAGGGCGCAGGCUACAUGCUGCGCGUCUCGGAUCCCGCACGCUACGAUGCGGCCUCGCGCGACGUGCUCGCAGGCUGGACGUAUCCCAAUACGCCGCGCCUCGGAAUGCCCAACGGCGCCAGAUACACCAGCGCACCUGGCCUGCGAUUUACGGGCGAGCAGGUGGCGAUGGCCAGCACGGCCGUGCUUGGCCGCCGCUCGCUCCUCGGCCUACAGGCGCGUCUUGAUGAGGGGGCGCAGGUACACGAGUCGGUGCUGGGCGAGGGCGUGCACAUUGGCGCCAACUCGACGAUCCGCGGCUCGUACCUGUGGCGCAGCGUCGUUGUCGGCCGUGGAUGCACCAUUGAGCAGUGCCUCUUGGGCGAGGGCGUGCAGAUCCUCGACCAUGUGCACCUGCAGCGCGGCACGGUCGUGGGCGACGGGUGCGUGAUUGGGCCGGACGUGCAGGUCCCCCCCUAUUCGCGCGUCUCCAUGCACGCGUUCCGCACGAGCGAAGACGACGACGAGGACGAGCCGAGUAUGGACGAGGUCGAUGCCGACGCUGCGCUGGGUCGUGCGUCGCGAGGCUAUUUGUGGGCACCGCUGGGCGCUGCACAUGCCGCGGAUGACGACGACAGUGACGAGGAAGUCGACGAGCUGGAGCAUGCGGCCAAUGCGCGCCUGUUUGCGAUGGGCGCGGACCGCAGCGUCGUGGUCUGGGACGAUGCGGCGUCAGAACUCUCGUCCAUUGACGCUGAUAGCGACGCCGAUGCGCUGAGCGACGAGAGCCUGGACGAGUCCGACGAGUCGUCGCCGGCAUCGCCGUCCGGAUACGGCAGCAUGUCGCUGACCCUGUCUGGCGGACAAGAAUCACAGACGUACGGCGAGAAGAUCGAGUCGGAGGAGCGCCUGCGCGAAUUCCAGCACGAGGCCCAUGCCUCGCUGGAGCGCGCCUUCGACGAGAAGCAUGCGCCGGAAAAUGCGGCCAUUGAGCUCAAGACACUGCGUAUGGCGAGCAAUGUGCCGCCUGGCGAGGUGCGCAAGGUGGUGAUUGCGUUUGUGCUGCACCACUGCUCGGUCGAUCAGCCGCGCGAGACAGCUGCGCUGCUGGACCACUGGGGGCCGCUGAUCCGCGAAGUCGCGCACGACGACCAAAUUGAAGCGCUCGCCAUGAUGCAGUCGUUCUGCGCGGUGCAUGUGAGCCACACCAAGCUGUUUGUGCCCCUGCUCACCAAGGUGUACAACGACGAGAUGGUCAGCGACGAGGCCAUCCUCGCGUGGUGGCGCCACCCCAGCAGCCGCCAGCUCGUGCUGGCCAGCGAGGCGCCAGCGCAGGCCCAGCAGGUGGUGCUGGAGCUGCGCAAGCGCGCCGAGCCGGUCGUGCGUCAUAUCCUCGAGGACAGCGACGAGGACGAGGCAUAG